AUGGCGUCCUGGGAAGACAAAGGGAAAACAGCGAAGACGGCAUCUCGGCCAACUUCAGAGUCAGACGACUAUGCAAUUCGAGAAAGGAAUCUGCAAUUCACGGCAGCCGAGGGUUUGAACUCUUCGACCGUGACUUACCAAGAUGCAAGCGGCGCACCUGUCGAAGCAGCUUCGCCCCUGGGCUACUCGGUAGAUAUUUUGGUGGGGUUUUGUUUAAACAUCAAUCAAAUGGUGGGGACGGGGAUUUUCUCAACUCCGGCCACUAUCCUGAAGGGAGUCGGCUCUGUGGGACUUUCCAUGAUCUAUUGGUUUAUUGGAUAUUUGAUUGCACAGAGUAGUCAGGCUAUAUAUCUGGAGUACACGGCCUACUUUCCCAGUCGAUCAGGAUCCGAAGUUGUCUACCUCGAACAAGCAUACCUGAAGCCGAAGUACUUCUUCCCGACAGUCUUUGCGAUGAAGCAUGUCAUUUUCUCGUUUGCAAGCAGCAAUGCGGUAGUACUCGCAGAGUAUGUCUUCGCAAUCGGUGGAAUAUCCUACACGACCUGGCAAUUGAAAGGAGUUGCCGUCGCGGCAUAUACGCUUGCAUUGAUUGUGGUCGGCUCAAAUACAAAAUGGUCGUUGAGAUUCGUCGUUUGGUUUGGAAUUGUCAAGAUCUUGACGUUGGUGCUAAUUUCCAUUAUUGGAUUGGUUGUCCUGGGCGGACAUACCAAAGUGGAAGACCCUAAGAUCAACUGGCGAAAUGCCUGGGAAGGCUCAUCAGAAGCGAGCGCCUAUGGCGCCACAAACGCCAUGAUCAAGCUGAUUUUCUCCUACGCUGGCUACCAAAACGUCUUUGGUCUUGCAAAUGAAAUCAAGAACCCCGUGAAAAAGCUCCGUUGGACUGCUCCCCUCUCACUUAUCAUCGUCACAAUACUAUAUAUUCUAGUCAAUGUCGCAUAUUUCUCCGUUGCUUCGAGGGAAGAAAUUAUGGCCUCUAAACAAAUCGCGGCUAGUCUCUUCUUCGAAAAGGUUUUCGGCACCGCUAAAGCUGCUCGGGCAUUGAGUGUCCUUAUUGUCAUCAGUGCCUUCGGAAAUUUGAUUGCUGUCAUGAUAAAUUACUCUCGGAUGCUUCGAGAAACAGGAAGACAAGGUCUUCUUCCAUGGCCCAAAUUUUGGACAUCGACAAAACCCUUUGGAACCCCGUUGGGCCCCUACACCAUCCAAUGGUCACUGACAGUUAUCAUGAUCAUCGGACCACCUGCCGGAGAUGCCUUUAAUUUCGUUGUCGACCUCGCCGUCUAUCCCUCCAACAUCUUCAACUUCUUGAUAGCUAUUGGACUUUUGGUUCUUCGACAGCGCCGCAAGGCACUCAAUUUACCGCCACCCGAUUUCAAAGCAUGGGCUGUCGCGAUUGGAUUUACCCUCUUAGCCAAUGCGUAUAUGCUUGUUGCACCUUGGUACCCACCGACUGGAGGCGCAGAUGGCGGAGAUGUUAGCUUCUGGUAUGGGACCUAUCUGGUCGUGAGUAUUGGACUCCUUUCGAUCUGUGCUAUCUACUAUUACUUCUGGAUCAAUUUGAUUCCUCGGUGGAGAGGAUACGAGCACAGACAGACCAUUGUCAAGUUUGAUGAUGGAGCUAUCACACAUAGAAUCGUCAAGGUUCCGAAGGCUGAUCUGACUUCUUGGGAUGAGCAACAUGAUGCGGCCGGUAAUCUCCGCUACGAGUCAGCACACUGA